GCGCGGCAAUUUGAUUGUGUGUAUGUAAACUCCUGCUUGAGUAGAUUUCCUUGGGGAGUGGUCUUUUUGGUGGGCGCUUGUGCUCGGGAAGCCCAUUUUCAAGUCAAUUUAGACUGCUCAGAGUAACUGCAAGGUGCAGCUUGGGCAGGACUUGCAGAUUAGAAAUGCGUUUCCUCUGAGUUUCUGGGAAGAAGACAGCGUGAUCUUGUUUCAGGCAGGGCAGGUUCUGAGCACCGACUAAAGAACACUUGGCCCUUAUUGUUGCUCUGCAGGGGGUGAAGCAAUGGCUGCUCAUAGUCCCAAGAAGAGGCUGCGGUACGAGGCGACUUGCCCCGUCUGCCUUGGCUAUUUUACAGAUCCGGUGACUCUGGACUGUGGGCAUAAUUUCUGCCAAUCCUGCAUCACCAGAAGCUGGGAGGAACCUGGCAAGGAGGCCAUUUGCCCUCAGUGCCGAAUUGAUGUAGGGAAGGACUUCAAGCCAAACAGGUCUCUAGUGAGUGUGGUGGAAAUAUCCAAACAGCUGGGCUUGCCAGCAGCGAGGGGGGCAGGACUGAGCAAACUGGAGUGCCCGAAACACCAGGAGCCCCUAAAACUCUUCUGCAAAGAAGAUGAAAUCUCCAUCUGUGUGGUAUGUGGACUCUCCAAGGAGCACAGAAACCAUGGUGUGGUCCCUAUAGAGGAGGCUGCCCAAGAAUACAAGGAGGAGCUGCAGUCCUCUUUGGAUGACCUGAAAAAGAAGAGGGAGAAUAUUCUGGAGUGUAAAAAGGACACAGAAAAAGAAGGGGAAGAUAUGCUUAAACACAUAGAAGCAGAGAAGAAGAAAGUGGUGGUAGAAUUCCGAGAUUUGUGCCAAUUCCUGGAGCAACAAAAGAAAUUUCUCCUGGACCAGAUGAAAAUGCUGCAGGAGGAGGUCCAAAGAGAAAGGGACGAGCACGUGGCCGACCUCCUCGUGGAACUGUCUUCUCUUGACAGCCUCAUCCGGGAGACGGAGGAGAAGAUUCAGCAGUCAGCCAGUGAACUCCUGCAGACACUUUAUCUGACUACGAACUACAAGAUGUUGAUGGAAAGCCAAGUUCAUAGGAGGGGGGCUGGAGGACUCAUCAAAAUUGUCUCCCUGGGUUUCAUGGAAGUUUUAAAAGUUUCUGUCCUGUAGGAUAGAACUGUAUAUGUGUUGACUGAAUAAAGGCAAACAAGCAAACAA